AUGAUUACAUCAAGGAUAAGGAUAAUUGAUAUAAAAAACGAAACUAUUAAAUUUCUCUCUAAAAACUUCGAAUUAUAUUUCUGUAACUAUAAAGAUGUUCAGAGCCAUUUUCAACCGCACCUUACGUUCAAAAGUUCCAAUUUCGAAGACCCUAGUGAAUUAAGAAAUACUUCUCUUGGUGCUACCUCUUCCUCCAACACUGGUUCUUGCAAUAAAUCACCAUUUGGUGGUACACAUGUUACUUCUGAAAACAAGAUUCUGGAGUCACCUCAAUGGAACAAUAAAGUAGAUUUUACUUUAAAAGAAUCGGUAUUACACGACAUCGAUAAAAGUCAAACUGAGGCUAUCGAAAAUAGGAUCACCAAGGCCGAGAACAAGAUAAUUUUCGCUUUGGUUGGUUGCACUGUUUCAAUCAUUACUAGCUUUAUUAGCUUGAAUAGUACUUCCAAUAAAAAGGAGACUGAUAAAAAGAUUGUUUAUGUGAAAAUACGAGACUGA